AUGAUUCGACUUAGAAAAAUAGGGUACCGUUUUCUCUCGACAACGGCGUUUCUGUUCACAGAGGCGCCCCAGACAAAGAAGGAGCUUCCGCGGCUAUCUAUGGAGGAGUAUAAGGCGCUACGCAAUCAGUAUUACAAUGCCAAGAAUAAACAGAGAAGCCAAACGGUGACCAAUUAUUCACUUUCGCUCUUUCUCGGUUUCCUGACCCUUUCUUUUGCGUCUGUGCCCCUGUACCGUGUUGUCUGUCAAAAGACUGGCUGGGGUGGAACCCCAAUGACCGACUCCUCCAAGAUCACUCCCGACAAGUUAGUCCCCGUGGAUACUGAUCGGAAAAUAAGAGUCUCGUUCACCGCAGAAACGUCUCGUUUGUUGCCGUGGAAGUUUGUGCCUCAGCAGAGAGAGGUGUAUUUGGUUCCGGGCGAGACCGCGCUAGCUUUCUAUAAGGCAAAAAACACUUCAGACAAAGAUAUUACCGGUAUGGCAACUUACAGUGUGACGCCAGACCAUAUCGCCCCAUACUUCAACAAGAUCCAAUGUUUCUGUUUCGAGGAGCAAAGACUGAACGCCGGAGAGGAGGUGGACAUGCCGCUGUUUUUCUUUAUUGACCCUGAGUUCUCACAGGAUCCGUCCAUGAGAAACGUGGAGGAUGUGGUUCUCCACUAUACAUUUUUCAAAGCUACGCACGAUGCAUCGCAUGAGCAAAUUCUAGCUGAAGCUCAAAAAAAGAGAGAGCAAGAGCAAGCUGAGACCCAUAAAGACUGA